UUAUUUCAACAAAAAAAAGAAAAAACUUAAACUAGAUUUAAUUGUAUUCUCUUGGCUUCAACUCAACCAAAGCUCCCCGACGACUGCAUUUUCUGACCCAAAAAGUUACUGCCAUCUCUCUCUCUCUCUUUCUCAACCAUGGUUUUGCUUCAGCUAGAUCCGUUUCUCAAUGAACUCACCAGCAUGUUUGAGCGCAGCACUGAGAAGGGCUCUGUUUGGGUUACUCUCAAACGAUCAUCCUUGAAAUCUAAAGUUCAGAAGAAUAAAUUGGCCUCUGCUGGUGAAACAAUUGAGUAUAGAUGCCUUAUACGUGCCACUGAUGGGAAAAAAACAAUUUCUACUUCAGUUGGCCCUAAGGAUCAUCAACGCUUUCAAGCUUCUUAUGCAACUAUAUUAAAGGCCCACAUGACUGCUUUGAAGAAGAGAGAAAGGAAGGACAAGAAGAAGUCUGCAGAGACCGUUAAAAGAGAAGGAGAUUCAAAGAGGCCUAAGAAGUCUUAAAAGCAAUUCUUUGCUGUUUUCUAUUCUGCACAAACUCAGUUUCC